ACAGUUAAUCAGUCCUUUUUUUAUUUCUUACCUAUUUAUAUAUUAUACUAUAGUCAUUCGCAAUAAUUUAAGAAAUUGCAAAUAUUUAUCUUGUUAAAUUUAAUUCUUUCUAAUUAAGUAAUAAAAUAAGAAAUGUCUUUCUUAAUGAAACAAUUAGUUCGCAAAGUACUGUCGCCGGCCCUUUCGACAGCCACGAAGACAAAUUUUUCAACAACUAGCGCCGCCUUUGUGCCCAGAGUCCAAAGACCUGCUCCUGACUUCGCUGCAACUGCUGUAGUUAAUGGAGAAUUUAAUCAACUGAAGUUGUCAGACUUUUCUGGAAAAUAUGUUGUGUUAUUCUUUUAUCCAUUAGAUUUCACAUUUGUUUGCCCAACAGAGCUGGUAGCUUUCAGUGAAAGGGCCAAAGACUUUGCCAGCAUUGAUUGUCAGAUUAUUGGUGUUUCUACAGACUCUGAGUUCAGUCAUUUAGCCUGGAUUAAUACACCGCGAAAAGAUGGUGGUCUAGGAAAAAUAGACUUUCCAUUAUUAGCUGAUUAUAAAAAGACAAUAUCACAAGAUUAUGAUGUUCUACUUGAAGGUGGAUUUGCUCUCCGUGGUCUAUUCAUCAUAGACAGAAAUGGUAUACUGAGACACAUGUCAAUUAAUGACUUACCAGUCGGCAGAUCGGUUGACGAAACUCUCAGACUGGUGAAGGCCUUCCAAUUUGCUGAUAAACAUGGUGAAGUUUGUCCUGCCAACUGGAAUCCAGAGACAAAUGCUGACACCAUCAAACCAAAUCCGAAAGAGAGCAAAGAAUAUUUCCAAAAAGCAAACUGAAUUCCAAAGUAAUCUUUCUAGCCAAACUACUUUCCCAGAUUUUUAUUUCAUUUUAUUAAAAAAAACAAUCUACAAUAGUUUUUUAAUAAAAUAAUAAUACAUACCAUUUUUCAAUCUGUUAAAAUGAUUUGGUCAAAGUAGAAGCUAGCCCCGCGCGCUCUUAUGUAAAAAUAAUUUAUAAUGUUAAUUUAAAAUGAUGUAGAAACAGUUUUUAAUAUUAAUUCUAAGCUUAACUCAUAGAUACAAUAAGUACUAAAAUUAGGUGCCUACUACAAUAACAUAUUUGUUCAUUCACAUAGAUUAUAGUAAAUUUUAUUAUAUAAAUAUUUUUUUUGUAAAUCUGCACUGAGAAGCAUUUAUGUAAGAGGUAAGAGUAAAUAAAUAGUUAAUAUUGUAUCUACUUGAUUAUUGUGAUUGUCGUCUUUAUUUCUGUUAAUUAAUAAAAAUGUUACAUAUAUUAAUAUGCUCAUUUGAUUUUACAACUAAUAACAAAGAUUACUUGAAAUUGAAUUUACAAAAUACCUGUAUCUGUGGAUUUUUUCCGCAAAGGGACUCAGUAUUUUUAUCUAUAACACCACUUUUAAAUGUAGAUAUAUACUUUUAAUUGCUUAAAAAGCUCUUUUAAUAGAUUACAUUUAAAAAUAAUACUCUCAAAUUAUAUUUUGGAUUAUAAAUAUGUAUCUCCUUUAUUAUUAAUGUUUUGGUUACAAUUAGUAUGAAUACAUUAUUUUCUGUUGUACACAUAUUUAAUAAUAACGUUAUAAUAAAAGUUUUAGCAUAUAUAAGGAUUUAUUACAUACUUACAACUGUGUUUUAUAUCUAUAUAAACAUAUAAAAAGUUUGUUAAACUAAGUACAAAAGUAUUCAGAUAUACCUAAUUGUAAGAAAUAAAUUCAUACUAUACAUUUAUAAAAUGCAACUUCUAAUCAUUUACUUAUUACAAUUAUAUUUGUUCCCAUCUUUGUGUCUGCAUGUAUUUUAAGAUUUCUUCAUAACGCAACAUUCUAGCCCUGUCUUCCAACUAUGUAUAAAUAUCCAAAUCCUGAUUGUAAUUCACUAUAAAAUGUUGGUAAAAUAAUGUUUGUUCUUCAAACCAUCUAAUAAUCUAAUAUUUUGUUCAACAAAAAAAAAUAAAAGCGCCAACUUCAUUGAUGGCAACACUUAUUAUUUUAAAGCUAAACUUGAUCAAAUUUCUGUAGGACUAAUCUGAAAGAAUCCUUUCUGAU